UGCUAUUGUUCUAAAAUUUUAUAACUCGUUAACAUGAACAUUCUUUCUCUUUAUUGUUUUCUAGUUUUUCUCUUCACAAGAGGUCACUUGCUACAAGUUAAUGGAGAAACAAAGGAUUUUUACAUUGUGUUCUUGAGUGAUCAAUUAACUAACAAGGAAUCCAAGGCAAGAACACACAUCAACAUCCUUUCGGAAUUAAAAGGAAGUGAGCUCGAAGCAAAGGAAUCCCAUGUCUAUAGCUAUACGAAAAGCUUUAACGCGUUUGCAGCAAAGCUCUCGGGUUCUGAAGCCAAAGAGUUGUCGGGUAUGGAAGGCGUACAAUCUGUUAUUGUUAAUCAAUAUCGCAAACUACAUACAACAAGAUCAUGGGAUUUUUUAGGGUUUCCUAAAACGGCAAGAAGGAAGAAGACUGAGAGCAAUAUUAUUGUCGGUGUUAUGGAUACAGGAAUAACCCCACAAUCGGACAGCUUUAACGAUGAAGGAUUUGGCCCUCCACCAGCAAAAUGGAAAGGAUCUUGUCAUCAUUUUGCUAAUUUUUCGGGAUGCAAUAAAAAGCUUAUAGGCGCAAAGUAUUUCAAGCUAGAUGGGAAUCCUGACCCGAAUGACAUACUUUCACCCGUGGACACUGACGGCCAUGGGACCCACACAUCAUCAACUGCAGUCGGGGGCAUGGUCCAGGAUGCGGAACUAUUUGGUUUAGCCAAAGGCACAGCUCGUGGAGCAGUGCCAUCGGCUCGAGUCGCGAUGUAUAAGGUUUGUUGGGCUAGCUCGGGUUGCUCAGAUAUGGAUUUGUUAGCGGGGUUUGAUGCCGCCAUUCAUGAUGGAGUUGAUAUUAUAUCAAUUUCGAUUGGUGGUUUAACAGGUGCAUACACCAAUGACACAAUAUCUGUGGCAUCAUUCCACGCCAUGAAUCAUGGGAUUCUCACAAUUGCAUCGGCCGGAAACGACGGACCAAGUUUAGGCAGUGUGGCGAACCACGCACCAUGGCUUUUGACCGUGGCCGCUAGCGGCAUUGACCGAAGGUUUCAAAGCAAAGUUGUAUUAGGCAAUGGGAAGACUUUAACCGGAAUUGGGAUAAAUGGUUUUGAGCCGAAACAACAGUUUUACCCGAUAACAAGUGGGAAUGAUGUGGCAAUUGAUAUCGAAAGUAAGGAAAGUGCGGGGUAUUGUCUUGAAGAUACAUUGGACGCAAGUAAAGUGAAGGGGAAGCUUGUGCAAUGUAAGCUUGGGACUUGGGGUUCGGAUUCGGUUAUUAAAGGAUUAGGAGGAAUUGGGGCGAUUAUUGAAAGUGAAGUGUUUUUAGAUACGGCUCAAAUUUUUAUGGCACCAGCGACCAUGGUGAAUUCCGUGGUUGGUGAAAAUAUAAGGAAUUAUAUACAUUCGACAAGAUCACCAUCUGCAGUAAUACACAAGUCUGAAGAAGUAAACAUUUCAGCUCCUUUCAUUGCUACAUUUUCAUCAAGGGGUCCAAAUCCAGGAACAAAACAUAUACUAAAGCCAGAUAUCGCGGCGCCAGGUGUCGACAUCUUAGCAUCAUACACCCCUCUACAAACACUAACAGGACUAAAAGGAGACACACAAUUCUCAAAAUUUACCAUAAUGUCUGGAACAUCUAUGGCUUGUCCACAUGUUUCAGGGACAGCUGCCUAUGUUAAAUCGUUUCAUCCAAAUUGGUCCCCUGCUGCUAUAAAAUCAGCUAUUAUGACUUCUGCAAGACCAAUGAGCUCAAAAGUCAACCAAGAAGCUGAGUUCGCAUAUGGUGUCGGUCAACUAAACCCUAGAAGAGCCAUAAACCCAGGGUUAAUCUAUGACAUGGACAACAUGUCAUACGUACAAUUUCUAUGCCAUGAGGGAUACGAUGGAUCAUCAAUCGCAUCUUUAAUUAAUUCCAAAUCAAAAAUCAAUUGUGCUUCAUUGAUUCCACCUCUUAUUAGUGAAGAUGCCAUCAACUACCCUUCCAUGCAACUUACUUUAAAGAACAAGAAAGGGGUCACUACAGGGGUAUUUCGGAGAAUUGUGACUAAUGUAGGGCAUGCUAUGUCUAUUUACAAUGCCACUAUUAGAGUGCCUAAAGGAGUGAACAUAACUGUGGAACCAAUGACUCUGUUUUUCUCACAUAUCUUACAAAGGAGAAGCUUUAAAGUUACAGUGAAUGCAUACCCUAAUGUUAAAAAGCUAUUGGUUUCAGGGUCAUUGAUUUGGAGAAGUUGUUGUCAUGUUGUGAGGAGUCCAAUUGUUGUUUAUGAUCCACAAGAUUAG